AUGUCGCGUGACGUGCAAUUACAGUCUGAUGUCGGGGGGCUAAGUCUACAAGGAGUCCGCGCUGCUUCCUCGAUCCUGGCCAUUCUCUCUGCUGACAAUGUAGCUCCUCUGGCGCUUAUCCAAUUGGAGAACUUAGGGGCUAUGUUCUUCACGAGCGGCGAGUAUGCUGAGAAAGUCAAAACUCUGUUGCACCGUUGUAGUGAUGUGCGUCUAGAACACUUGUCAAUGGCCGUAGGCUGGAGGAAGAACGACACUGCUUCUCUAAUGGCUCAGUCUGCUGGUGGUCAAGCAGUUGCACUCAUAUCUUUAUGCUUGACGAGUCUUUUCCGGAACUCUGAUACUGGCAUGAUCUUAAGCCGGUUGUGUGCUGAACUUCUUCCAAAGUCUGCCAACCUUGCAAGCAUGCAACAGCUAGCUGACGUUGCAUCUUGCUUGGGGGCAAAAUUGGCAACCCUAGGCUUUGGCAAUUUGUUGGCUAGGCAGAUCAUGGCUAUUCAUGAUGUCUACGAAUCAAAUGAUAUUGCCUGUCCUCGAAAUCUUCUCGAGCCCUUGAACAUCGAUCUGAUGAUGCACUUGCUCAAUGCUAUUAGUCGCGCGUUACGCGAAGAUCGAAAAAUCUGCCGUGUAUCUGGAACACGUGGCAUGGGACAUAUACUAGGCUUAGUGCAUGCUUCGUUUAGGCAUAACACAAAGAUCACUGUUGAAGGGGUUAUAGUUCAAGACGCCGAGUCAACAUCUAUAGUAUGUGAGGUUUCAGCAUCACAGCCUAAAGACUUGGUUGAGAUUCAUCUUGAGACUAGUAUGCUUGAGGCUGAAGAAAUGAACCUACCAAUCGGCAGGUUUCAUGAAGCUGGCCAGCAGCUUGGGUGGGAGAUGAGCUACAGACUCACUUGGGCCGGGUGCCUUGCAGACCGAUUGCAAUUGCUCAUGUUUGAGCAUGGCUUUACAUGUGACCAAGAAUUGCUUGAUGCAUGCGGUGACUGUCUCAUGUGGACUGUUUCAGAAAUCGAGGUUGAACAAAUCGGUCCCAACUCGGGUAGAUUGGUGAAGCCAAUGCUGCUUCAAGACCUCCUUGGACCGUUCCCUCGAUCACGACUUCGAGCGAUCUGCAAGACUGUUCUUCGCGCUGAGCCUACAGCAUAUUCGGUGGAUAAGGACACCGCAUUCCACAAUCUCAGUAGGGUAUUGUCUCACAAGACUCAUGGAUGCCACUGCGUUUGCAGUGAAGAUCUAAAGUGCGGCUGGAACAAAAGUUGGUCAUCAAUUUUGAGGCCAAAGGAAAAAAGAAAGCGUUGCACUCUGCACCUUCUAUGGCAGAUCGUUGGAUUAAUAUUAAGUAAGGGCGUCUUGUGCUCAUUCAUUGAUGCAGGUCCAAACGUGACAGUCGAAUCCUCCAAUUACUAUGGUUCAAAAAUGAUUGAUAUGUUGUUUUACAACCGCGUUAGUAUUGGCGACUUGAUGCUAUAUAUUCAAUGCGGCCUUUUAGGGAGGAAUUUUGGUCCACUGGUGGCCUAUGAGGCGCCAGAUAUCGCCUUAAGCUCGGGUGCCUCCACUGUCUACCCAACUAUACUCGAGACUCUUAGUGUACCGUCCCGACAAGCUGUCACAUUCACAGUAGUUGAUGGACAAUUGAUCUUUAAUGGUCGAUACAAUAAAGGGCUUGUAUCCGAUCGAGUAGAGCCCAGGUCUACGGCCAAUAGUCUACAAACGACUGGCGAUUUGAAGCCAUCCAAUCUUGGGGUCCAUCUCGGAAGUCCAUUGAUCACAAUUCGAGAAACCUUUCACAACUUAGAGCUGCUGUGCAGCUUCAAAUUCGCAGGGCAGGAAAUAAAGGUCCGCCUUGGAGCUGUGAUCGAAGGUUACAUGGGAAUGAAAUGGAGCGACACCUGCCCCCAUCCGGCGAUGAAUGUCAUCGAUCAGGCUAAAUAUCCUUCAAAAGCAACAUCAGUCGCUAAUCCAUAUACUCAUGGGUAUUUCGGGGUGGCUAUGACCAAGGGAAGCCCUGCCGCCCAGUUCCUGUGCUGCGGGCGCGGCUAUCAAACGGUCCUUGUUCAUGACAGCUGUCUCAAUUGCGCGGCCGAGGGUGUGAAAGGUCAUGACUAUGUAGUGCUUAUAACUACCUAG